AUGGCUUCAGCAUGCACUACCGCCAAACGACCCCCAAAGCUCCGGGCAGCCUGCAACGAGUGUCAUGCGGCCAAGGUUCGCUGCUCGGGUGAGAAAUCAGGAUGCCAACGGUGUGCCAAUCUGGGAUUGGUCUGCAUCUUCUCCAUCUCAAGAAUCGGCAAAGUCCCGGGGAAAAGGAGUAAGGCAAAUCGAGCAGCGGCAGCAGCAGCAGCGUUGGCUGCCUCGUCGUCUUCAUCAACGCUGAACUCAACUUCCUCGACGUCUCUCCCGUCUCCCACCAAUCCCGUUCCGUCGAAUGAAGCCUUGCACCCGUUUCGAUCUCUGCAGCAUCCGGAAGACGACCUUCCCGCCUCUCGUCCACCACCUCAGGCUACGGUCUUGACAGGAUUCCCUAGGGAUCCUUCAUCCAUGAUUACCGCUGUACAUGAUUACACCAGCAAUAUUCCAUUCUACGCAGGCGACGCCCAUCCUGGGGAGCCGGUUCCUCCACCAGAUGUUCUUCCAUCCAAUGCGCCCCAUAUUCUCUCCACCAACGUCGACCUCGGACAGCCAGAUCUCAACUACUUGUCUUGGGCCACAGAUCUCGACCAACUGAGUGCCUGUGGUCUACCCACACCUGGCCUCGAGAUCCCCAGCAUAGCGAAAGCUCCUCCCCUGCCCAUCGUCGAUCGACAAAUCCACCAUGCCCUCAACCACGCCCACGUCCAGAGUCUCACGCAGACCCAAAACCAGGACUGGGACCUCGACUCCGGCAGCAACACCAGCAGCGUCGAUCCCCGCCGAACUAGCAUCACAUCCAUCCGUGCCCCUAUCACGCCUCCUGAAUACAUCUUCGAAGAUGCAGUUCCAUUGUCGGGGCCUCCUUCCCUCCGCCCCCUCGACGUCCUCAGCUGCUCACACUACCUCCAGCUCCUGCACGACAUUGACCAGACCACCUCGGGACAAGCGCAUACCGUGGACUCCGUCCUCGCUGCAAAUCAACGCUACCUCAGCACGCUGCUGCGCAUGACCGAAACCCCGGGCUUCGAAUGCUGCUACGACACGCACAUGCUAUUCACCGUUGCGCUGAGCAAGAUCAUCGGGCUGUUCACCGCGGGGUAUCGCGACUUUGUGAUCCGCAUGGAGGGGCCAGAAUCUUGCAGCAACAAUUACAUUAGCCACCACACGACCAAUCUGCACGGAACCGCCAACAACAAUCCCUGCGGCAGUAGCAACAGCGACCGACUCAUCCGGUUCGGAGUCUUCGAGAUCGACCUCGUCGAGCAAAAGGCCAUCUGUCGGACUCUUCUCCUUCGGGAGCUAAAACGCGCUAGACUCUGUCUGAUUCGACUGGUCGAUGUCCUGGGGCGAGACAAUGUACCCGGUGGUGGUGCCGGACGCCACGAGGGACUCUGCGAGGAGAUGAGUCGACGGUUGGAUCUGUUGGUUGGGUCUUUGGAGGGGGGAGAUUUAUAG